AUGACGAAUAACACACAGAUCCUGUUCAAAAUAUUCCAAGAGAUCCUGGCUGCAUCGGAGAAUUCAUCAGACAACCAGACCAUCAACGAGACUAAAAUUCUAUCUGUCCUCAGAGAGCAGGCUACAUUAGGUCAAGGCAACAAUAUAGGAUCAGUGUUAGUCAAAGUCGUGAGCGACGCGCAAAGCAAGUUGAAUCUGACUAUCAAAGCUGAUACAUGUGGAUACUGUGAUGGUGACUUCAGGCAUGUCAUUGAAACUUACAAUGGCAUUCACGGUUACGUCAGCUUAUUGGUUUGCACUAUUGGAUUACUUGCUAACUCGAUGAACGUUGCGGUUCUGACCAGAAAGGACAUGGCUGCUGCUCCCAUCAACAGACUUCUUAAAUGGCUUGCAGUUGCCGACGUUUUCGUGAUGCUCGAAUACAUACCUUUUGCAGUCUAUAAAUACUUAGUAUUCGACAUCCACACAAAGGACGUCAGUGACGCGCAGGGCAAUCACGCCAUCGCGUACCAUCUUGAUUCAGACAGCCAAGGAAAGCUGUAUCAGAUAAAUUUUUGGGUUCAUGCGGUCCUCAUAAAGCUGUUGCCGUGCUCUAUCCUGACCAUAAUAAGUGUGUGGCUUAUAAGGGCAUUAUACAAUGCCAAUCAGCAUCAGAAGAACUUGAGGAAUUACGGUGCUUGCCCAGCAGCGGAGAAGAUGGUCAAAAGGCAGCAUAAGGCCGACAAAAGGACGGAUAGGACGACGAAGAUGCUGCUAGCGGUGCUCUUGCUGUUUCUGCUGACGGAGCUACCGCAAGGAAUCUUGGGGUUGAUGAGCGGGCUGCUGGGUUUGUGCUUCUUCAAAAGGUGCUACAACCUGUUCGGCGAAACUAUGGACCUGUUGGCGCUCGUGAACGGCUCAAUAAACUUCAUCCUUUACUGUUCGAUGUCCCGUCAAUUCCGUCAGACAUUCCGCCAACUGCUUUUGCAGAGACCGCUUGCCCGACUGCGACCACCCACCGGCUCGCAUUCGGAGUCGCACUAUCAGAAUACG